AUGGCCACCAUUAGAAUAUCGUCGGCGUCUCCGUCGCCCCCUAUGUCUCCUGCUUCGCCUCGCACGCCGCCUCCUGUUUCACCACUCACGUCGAGCAUAUUGCGUGCAAAUGGCACUAUUGCAGACCUUUCCCGCUCCCUCUUCGAACUUUCUUCAGCCGAAUAUCACCCUUCUGAGGAUGCUGGCCGAGUCGAUGUUGUCUGUUGCUGCGGGAAUCGUGACUGCGAGGCCUCACGUGCAUGGGCCGAUGCGGAGCGCAAGCUUAUAGUCAGCGCAGAGGUUGGACAGGCGUUGUUGGAAAGACACGAGGCUUUCGAGCGGCGGCACGAAGCGCUUGUUAAGCAGAACGAGUCCCAAACGGAGCAUAUCGCCACACUCAACUCUCAGGUCUCGACCCUCCAAGACCAACUUGCUGCCCAUACGCGUGUGCAGAAGCAGCUCGCUCAGGCACAACUCAAUCUCGAGGCCGCAGACGCUGCUAAUCGUACUCUGACUGCUGAGCUUCAGGACACGCGUGCCAGUGUGUCUCGCUUGAGUGCUGCACAUGCUCGUGGCGUUGGAUUGGAAGGAAAAUUACGCACCGCAGAACAAGAGCGCGAUGAUUUGAAACGGGAAAUUACGGAGGCCAAUAAUCGUGAAAAAGUGUGGGAGGCAAGGGCGAACGAAGUCGGUGCGCGCUGCCGGAGACUCCAAGCCGAGAUGACUCAACUAAGGGAAGAAACUGAUUCAAUUAAACUAUCACGCUCCGAGAUAUCGAGUGACAUUCUGGAGGAUGCACGAGUAAGGCUUCAGAUGCUGCAAAACUCUUUGGGAAAGGCCUCAAUAGCUUCCGACGACCCAGAAGUGAUGCGCAUGCUUGAAGCGUUGGUCGCUGAUAAUGAGGCUCUCAAACGAGAUGCUGCUGAGCUUCAGAAUAUGCUAACUGAAUCGCGGGAAGAUGUUCGGAUGCUUCAGGAAGAGAUUGCUGAGAUGCGGGCGCGAGGCGAAGGCGGUCAGGAACCAUUGGCAGAAGAUGCUACCGAUAUGUCUUUCACACGCUCGACGCCACCCCCAUAUAAUUCCUUGUCUCAGGGGCUCGGUACCCAUGGGCGUAAUGCGAGCUGGGCAUCUAAUACUCGUUCAGGAUGGGCGGCGUCCUUUGCUAAUACUGCCAAAUCGCCCAGGGGAGCUGGUGCUCAACUGGAUCCGGGUAACAAUGCUCGUAGCCCGCCAGUAGGAAGUGCACAUUCAUCCCGUGCUGCUUCCUUCUCCGGUAACGCGAAUCGGUUGACAUCUCCAACUGCCAAUAGGUUCUCGAGGCGUGUACCAUCUCCAAGAGUUAUUCCGCCUCUUGUGAUUCCUCCAAUGAGGAGACGUGGCGGCAAGGGACCGAUAAGCCAUGAUGGAACUGUACAGGCAGACGACGAGACCGGAUCCGAAAACCCACUCUCUGCAGGAUCGAGUGCGCUAUACAGUCCUCGCGGCUUGGCUCCCCCAGUGAAUCAAUACCGGCGCGCAUCUGCAGCAAACAGCAUUGCCAGUGAACGCAACACCCCCUUGCCGUCUCCGGGCGGGGAUGGAGAGAGAACGCCGGCAGGCCAACCAAAGGUGGAUGCAGAAGGGAAUGACGAUGCCCGGUCUGUCGCAGGCGCCAGCGAUGUAACUGGCUCUGUGGUGGUGGGGAAUGAACCAGAAAGUCCUGAAAAGCCCAAGAAUCGUCGCCCUCUCAUGCUUCUGAGCCGCUCCAGGGGUGUGCAAACUGACGAGCCAGAGCUCGGCACAUAUAUCACAAACUAUUCAAGCUCACAUACACCCGCCGCCAUCCCAUCCCCGCGACCAGGGUCCAUCUCCCUUUCUACGAGCGACAUCCCUUCAUCUCCGCUACAUGGUCCUGCGCCCCCUGUCAAUCCUGAACACCUUGCAGCCUUGCUUAAACGCCUCCAACAAUCUGAUGUCCGGGGCCUCACUGCUCGACUCAAGCGCCAGAACCUUGUUGGCGCAGACUUGGCUCACCUUUCUCGUACCACUCUCAAAACCAUCUCGACAGAUGUACGAAACGAGCUUGGAAAUGGGAGGGGCUUACUCGGGAGAACCGUUCGCGAGAUGCUGGGAGAGAUCAUCACAUUGCGUGGAGUGGUCAACGACGUUGUGCUCGACCCGAACGCGAUCAUCCGUGUGCGCGAGGAGGCUUUCACAGGAAUUGGAGUACCUGGUACAGAGAGUGUGGCCAACCUUGGAAGUGUUGUCGAGCGUGGCCGGCAGACUUUGAUUAAAGGCCCAUCUACUGCCAUCGGUUGGAUUUCCGCUCCCAUCACCAAACUUUUCGGCAGUGCAACCGAACCCGACGUUGGGCUUGCAGGUGGGAAGAAGCGCCUUGCUCCGCGUGUAGCACCUGCCAUAGCCACCAGUACGACCACCGUCAAUGUUGAAUUUGCCCAUUCUGGGAUGAGGCGUGCGGUCUCGACAAUGACCGUCGCUCCGGAUACCACUGUCACGCCCCCUAAUGGAGAAAUGACAGCAGCACCGAGGGAAAGUUCUCGCCCUCCAGGAGACCCGGACCAACGCAAGGAACAACUCCGUGGUAUCUUUGUUGGUUCCCAGACAGUUCGUGAGAGGGAGCGGACCGAUAGCUGGGUUAUUCUUCCGAGGAGCAACUCGCGUAGGAUAGUCCGCCCUACCAAGUCAACUGCGAAUCUGAAUCCCGGAGACGCAACGGUACGGGGUGUCCGCCCGCGUCGAAUUUCCCGCAAUGUUGAUGCGGUUAUUGACGUUCCCCCAAUGCCAACUGGAAUGAGCCAAACCCAGCUGUUGGAUCGUGCACUCCGCCCCCGUGGGCUGUCCGACUCAUCAGUUCGAUCCACAUUUAUCUCCCAUGAACAAGCCCCUGCGGGAGUUAGGGAAGCGGUUGAAGUGGCGAACAGCUCACAGGAUCGUUUGGACGCUGGGGUCAACGCGUCACUUCCGACCACAGUCCCAGAGUUAUCUUUCAAUGCAUCCUCAGUGGCUUACGCUUCAACUUCGACCUCGGGAAGCACAGGCACCUCACCAGCUCGUGCGGUUCCUUCUCAAGUAUGGGAGUACCGGAGGAACGUUUGGCCAAGGGCCUCGACAUCUCGUUCAGUCAGUGAAAGCGUUCCUGCAUCGUUCGCUCCCGGACAUCGUAUGCCUCGAAGACCAGUUUGGGCCGGGGUUAUCACAGACGAAGAAGACUCUUUCCAGGUUGGAAGCUUCAAAGAAGGUGUAACAUUUGGCACGAGCUUCAUUAGGCACAAGGACCGAGCAUCCGGACGGGGUGCAAGUGAAGAUCUGGCUUGA